UUGGUGGCGGUAGUGCACCAAGUACUUUCGUGCCAGCCGCCAUAAAACAUCAAGCAGAAGAAGAAUCUUUCAUUAGAAGAUGGCGGACGAAGCUGCAUCCACAAAGAAGAAGAAGAAGUCGAAGAGAGUGGCUGAAGAUGUUGGGGAGAUCCAAGAGAGUCAAGAGUUUUUAAUCCAGCCAGACACCAAAGUCCCCACUUUGGACUCCUCCCAGUGGCCCUUGUUAUUAAAGAAUCUCCAUAAGCUGAACAUCCUUACAUCUCAUUACACCCCCAUACCCAGUGGCAGCAACCCGCUGAAAAGAAACAUCAGCGACUAUGUCAGGUCUGGAUUCAUCAACCUGGACAAACCAGCCAACCCUUCGUCUCAUGAGGUGGUGGCGUGGAUCCGGAGGAUCCUGCGAGUGGAGAAGACGGGCCACAGCGGGACUCUAGACCCAAAGGUCACUGGCUGCCUCAUCGUCUGCAUUGACCGAGCCACCAGACUAGUGAAGUCCCAGCAGAGUGCUGGUAAGGAGUAUGUGGGAAUCGUUCGGCUGCACAACGCAGUAGAGAGUGAACACGUGCUGGCCCGGGCCCUGGAGACCUUGACCGGAGCUCUAUUCCAGCGUCCUCCCCUCAUCGCUGCAGUGAAACGUCAGCUGAGAGUCCGAACCAUCUACGAGAGCAAGCUGAUCGAGUACGACCCAGAGCGGAGGCUGGGCAUCUUCUGGGUCAGCUGUGAAGCAGGAACUUACAUCAGGACUUUGUGUGUCCACCUGGGACUUCUACUUGGAGUUGGAGGACAGAUGCAGGAAUUGAGGAGGGUCCGGUCUGGAGUUCUGGGCGAGAAGGACAACUUGGUGACGAUGCACGAUGUUCUCGAUGCUCAGUGGCAAUUUGAUCACAAUAAAGAUGAGACUUAUCUGAGGAGAGUCAUCUUCCCUCUAGAAAAGCUGCUGGUGUCAUACAAACGGCUGAUGAUGAAGGACAGCGCGGUGAACGCCAUCUGUUACGGUGCCAAGAUCAUGCUUCCUGGUGUCCUCCGGUACGAAGACGGCAUAGAGGUUAACCAGGACAUCGUUGUCAUAACAACCAAAGGCGAGGCCAUCUGUACAGCGGUAGCACUGAUGACCACAGCAGUGAUCUCCACCUGUGAUCACGGCGUCGUGGCGAAGAUCAAGAGGGUGAUCAUGGAGAGAGACACGUAUCCACGGAAAUGGGGUCUGGGUCCAAAGGCAUGUAAGAAGAAGAUGAUGAUCAAACAAGGACUCCUAGACAAACACGGAAAGCCAAACGCCCAAACUCCUCAGGACUGGAAGGACGACUACGCAGACUACAGUGUUACUGUUAAGGAAGAACCAAAAGACACCCCUGCUAAGAGAAAACGGGAGGCUACAGAGUGUGACAGUGAAACCCCGGAGACUCCUUCUGCAGAGGUAAAGAAAGAAAAGAAGAAAAAGAAAAAAGCAAAAAUGGAGGAGGAGCCAGAAGUGAAGGAGGAGGAGCCAGAAGUGGCGGAGGAACCUGACACACAGGUUGAAAGAAAAUCAAAAAAGAAAAAGAAAAAACUAAAGGAAGCCGAUGCGUCGGAGUAAAUCACUCGCUCCAAACACUUGUAACCAUUUCCAUCCUCUAAAGUCGACCUCAGCGAAUCCCAGUGAAGAGCAUCUUUGGCUAAAUGGAACGUCCCCAUCACUGCAAAUCAUCUGAUCGAUAAAAGCUGCAGCAGUAGAAUGUGUUUGGGAAACCAUGAUAAUGCAACUUUAAAAAAAAAAUACCUUCUGAAGCAGCGUUGCCUCGUUUUAAAAUGGCUUCUGAUUCUGUAAGUGCUGCUAGACAGCAGGAGAAAUGGGGUCAAAAGUAAUAAGUUUGUAGAUUUGGUUUUCAGCCUUCUGGUGUUUGGCAUGGAGGCAGAAAGCAUGCUCACUUGUAAAUAUCUAACUUUUUUAUUUCAAAAUAAAUGUAUUCUGUGUAUAAAACGGGGAUUAAAGUUCUCUCAUUUCUAA